GCCAGUUCGCGCCUCUUACAAAUGGGAUCCUGCUGCCGCGCCUCCUAGCAGUAACUGGAUCCCUCCAAGAUGGAUGAUAGCCGAGCCAGGAGGACCAACACCGAAACAUCCUACGACUAAUGGCCUGGGCCAGCCUUGGGACCCUCGUCGUCCCACUUACAAAGGCGUUGACUUGACGAUACCAGACCCUCGCCUGACCACACGCAAUGUCGAUAUCAACACCCGCACGCCUGAGGACAACGUAGUGGCGUUCGUCGACGUGAAUAUCAUCGACUCUACGGGUCGGGAUGCCUACAAAGGCGAUGUGCUCGUCAAAGGAAACCGCAUUACCAGCGUCGGACCCAAGCUUUCCAAGGAGACUUUGGAGGGCGCAAUCGUGUUUGAGGGCAAAGGCCGCACUCUCAUGAGCGGAAUGUGCGAUGCCCACGCCCACGCGACGUUUAUCAACUCCCCUACCUUGGACGAUAUCACUAAUCUACCCGUGGAGGAACACGUUCUUCUGAGUGCUCGCAGUGCAAGGAUGUUCCUCGAUAGCGGAUACACCAUGUGCCUUGGUGCCGCCUCUGCUAAGCCCCGCCUUGACUUGGUCAUCCGAAACUCGAUACAGGCGGGUGACAUUCCCGGACCAAGGUACCUCGCAAACGGACAGGAGAUGGCCCCUCCCGAGGGAGCACUCUGCGAGGGUAUCACUACCUACGUCCGCAACAAUGAGGACGUUGUCAAGCACGUCACCGAGUUCGCUAACCUGGGCUGCGAUGCCGUCAAAUUCUCGAUGUCCGGAGAUGAGAUCUUGGAAGAGCUCCGCGCUGAGGACAGUACCUUCCCGGAUGACAUGGUCGCUUUGGGUACGGAGGCUGCUCAUGCCAAAGGGAUACGCGUGUGCUCACACGCUCGCUCCGACGAGUCCGUUCGCCAGUGUCUCCAGUAUGGCAUUGACAUUAUCUACCAUGCCUCGUUCAUCUCGGAUGCAACCAUGGAUGCCCUCGAAGCUCAGAAGAACCGCAUUUAUGUUGCGCCGGCCCUCAAUAUCCUUUACGCCUCCAUGCUCGAGGCUGAGCAAGGCCGCUUUGGCUUCCCACCCUCCGCCGUAGAGAAGUACAAACGCGAGCUUGACGUCUGUAUUGCUGCCCUCAUCGAAAUGAAGAAGCGCGGAAUCAAGGUGCUUCCUGGCGGCGACUACGGGUUCGCUUGGACUCCCCAUGGAGCAUACCGUGACCUCGAACUUUUCGUUAAGCUCCUCGGAUACACACCUAUGGAAGCCAUCCUGUCAGGAACGGCACUGGGUGGCGAGAUCAUGAUGCACCCAAACGAACUCGGAAAAGUCCAGCCUGGAUACUACGCUGACUUGAUCCUCGUUAACGGCAACCCUCUUGAGGACAUCUCGCUCUUGUCCGAGCCCGAAAAUCUUGAUGUGAUCCUCAUCAACGGCCACGUGCAUAAGGAUGCUGGCGCAUUCCCCAAGAAGCUGGCAGAUAAGCUGACAGCUUAGGUAAAUUUAAGGUAUGUGACAUUGAGACGAGAUAGAAGAUGAAUGGCAAGUUCAACGACGUUUGAACGUUUGCGUCUCAGGCUGGAUGGCGAAAGAAAAUCCAAGCAGCCAAAAGACAUCAGUCAAUAUACGAUAAUUUGUAAC